ACCUUCCUCGUAGUCCAGGGUACACUGCCAGCGGAUCGUGCCCGCGCAUACAUUGAUAUUUUCACCUGUAUAUUGCAAUCGAUCGUUUUUCUUGUCGAUUGUUACCUGCGUUUGUGAGCCAAACCAGACGAUACUCAGGUGUUUGCUAGAGCGGGAAAAUCACCUUCGUGCUUUGGAGUGAUCUGCUCUCCGUCCAGCUCUCUCACCUUAUACGUUUCAUCUCGACGUAUACCUUUGGGUCUUCUUCUUCUCCUGCGUCUUGGUUUUCAUGUUGAGGUUUGACUUUUGUACUCGGGAAAAAGGUGAUGAUCUUAAAAUCGGGGCUCGAUCAUUUUCGUAAAUUUCGACAGUAAAAUUUUUGAUCAGCCCGUUAGGCUGCAAGUGCUCGACGUGAAAAUUCAGUUGGUAUCAUUUGAAAUCAUAAAGAAUCAAGAAUUGUUUUAAGCUUGAUAGACACAAAGAUUGUUUUCAUAUGGCGUGAGUGCUCUUAGGAUAAAGUGGUAGACACCGAAUCGAUUCGACUCCCUCCAAACGAACGGAGCAUGGAGUUUUCGAGGUUCGCCGCUGCGCUGCCGCUCGCAAUGCGCUCUUGUGUUUGUGAUUAGUUCGCCUCAGUUUGAAACGGGACACCUGCCAAAAAUCAAUUUUCUAAAUAAUUUUCUAAAGAAACAUAUAGUUUACUCAAGCCUGGAAGUUCAAAAAAGGAAGAAGUGUAAAGUGUCCAACGAGCUGAACAAACCUAAAGUUUUUGAUAACAGGUAAAUCGCGGCAAUUUUCGCGGCGGAUCCGCGAGUGCUUGCAUACGCCGCGUUUCGCAGUUUACCGUCAUCAUCAUCGCCAUCAUCGGUCGUCGCUGCCGUCAUCAUCUUCGUCGUUUCUUGGCGCAACAACAGCAUAAGAAGAAAUUUUAAUGUUAAUGUGCUUUUUGUUUUUGUAAUCAAGUUUUUUUACUCGUGGUUGGCUAUGAAAUGAAAUGAAAAGUUAACGCAAUACAUAUUGUCCAAUGUGAUUUAUCCCAAAGUGUCCCAAGGCUGAAGGAAAGCAUGCUUGCUUGGAAAAAGAAGAAUAGUGAAUGUGUCCAGUGGUGACAAAGAGCUACUAAAUGCAAGGACUGAUCGCAAAUUCAGCGCCUAGCAGGCUUCCCAAGACACUUCCAAAGGAUUACCGAAAUUUACUUUACUGGAGAGAAAUACAAGAUUCUGCCCGAAAUGACUCAAGACUCUGUGAACAACCAUUCAACUAAUAUACUCCAUACAAAAUGUUGGUGACCAGUUAUGGACUUAGCGGGUUUUUCUGGCAGCUGUUUGUAGUAAACAAAUGGAAGUGUCAUAAACAAACCGAGAACUUAGUCAGUGAAUGAUAUUUUGUGCCAUACUAAUCCGAAUUCGUAAUCGGAAUUCUGAAAAAGAAGUUUGGAAAUAACCAUUCCGUCCAUUGUUCUAACAACUCUCUGAAAUUAAAUCGCCCAAGUGCCUUAUUAACCUACACUUUAGUAGCCAUAAAAUAUAUCACAUUCUACUAUGCAACAAAAGUUAUUCUAAAGGAAAGUGAAAACACAAUCCUGAGCUAAACGUAGUGAUAGAAAGUCGAUUAAUCGCGCUUAAAUUCAAAAUCGUGCAAUUUCGCUAAAGAAGAGCUUUAAAUCUUUGAAAAGAAAGUAUAACAAUCGUUUGUGUAAAGAAGUAAUCUAAGUUAGAGUAAUUUAAAUAAAAUGUCAUCGCCAUCAUCGAAUCAAACCCAAGAUUUAUCAAUUGCUGCCAUACAACAACAACACUUACAACACACUCAUCACAACUCCCCAUCACCUCCGCACCACAACACGUCGCCAGCUAUCGUGAACGGAUUGCCAACAAUGAUAACUUCAUCAUCGAAAAACGAGAUGCUCUCACCACAUUCAGCUCAUCACUCCCCAGACAGUCCUCAACCAGAGCUGGCAACCAUGACCAAUGUGAAUGUCUUAGACCUGCACACGGAAUCCAAGAUGUAUGACAAAGACACUGUAUUCAUCUAUGACAACCCAAAAGUUGAUGUGCUUCCACAACAUCAAGAUCAUGUUAUCGACGCACGUCUCACUCAUGAUCACCUCGGACCACAUGCUUCGGCCGCCGCACCAGACCAGCCCCCAUCACACCUGCUCACAAAAAUUGAGGUUGAUGAAAACCAGAUUAUUCGAGUGGUGGGACCUAAUGGUGAACAACAGCAGAUUAUAAGCCGCGAAAUCAUCAACGGCGAACAUCACAUAUUGUCAAGAAACGAAGCUGGUGAACAUAUCCUCACCAGGAUCGUUAGCGAUCCCUCCAAACUCCUGUCGACGGACGGCACCUCUCUCUAUCCCCCACCCCCACAGAAGCUCACCACUGACAAUGGAGUGGUAUAUCAACCUUCGCCAAUGGAUACGUCAGUCCUGCAAUAUGACCCACCCGACGGUGACUCAGUUGACUCCAAGGGAAGUGUUGUCGGAAUCUAUGGUGAUCCUAAGAAAUCUGGCCAAAUAAUUUAUACGCAUGGCGAUUCAAAAGAUUUGAUCUAUGAGAAGCCUCAUCCAGAUCAAGGCAAAUUAGAUGGAAAUUUGUAUGAAAAUAAACAAAUCGAUCUGAUCUAUGAAGACGGGAAUAAAACAGUUAUAUACACAACCACUUCUGAUCAAAAGGGUCUGGAAAUCUAUUCGGGGGCUGAUCUUGGUGGCUUAGUAGCUGAAGGUCAAGUUGUCGUUCAGGGUGGUUUACAAUAUGCCACCGCUCCGGGUGGUCCUCAACCCGGAGGACAAGCUGUGUUUAUUGUUGCCGAUCAAUUGCCGCCUGGAGUCGGAGGACACAUUCAAAGACGACGGACAACCUCUAAUCCGGAUUCACCAAUGUCCGCGAUUGCAACUAGCACCGAUCAGCAGGUGCAACAGUCUGCUGGUCAGCACAAUCACACCACAACCACCGAAGUCAUAAAUCAUGUGACGGCCGGUCAAACAAGUGUCACACAAUCUGGGGGAUAUUUGCCCGCUGCUCGUUACUUCGAGCAUCCAUUGACCGCCGUUACAUCGGCCAUGUUAAAUAUAUCGUCUUCGGGUAACGGACAUGCUCAAAGCGACCAUGAUGAGCAUGGUGGUGGCAUCAAUUCACAUGCAAAUGCUGCCAAUAAUGGCGCUGGCCAAACGGUCGGCACUACAAGUGUUAAUAUUGGGGCUGCAUUGGGUUCAGUGCCUCAUCAUCAAGUUCACGAAGUACAAAACCCGAAUGGGAGCGCCUCAUUCGUUUACGAAUACUAUAAGGUCACAGAUAAUAAGGAUGGAUUGCACUGGAGUGCCCCCACUACAGCAAAACUGAAUGGACAGACCACACCUCUCGAUGUAUCUGGCCUAUCGCAAAAUGAAAUACAAGGUCUAUUACUCGGUUCACACCCAUCGGCGGCAUCGGCGGCGGCAACAGCUACGUCUCCGUCGGCAACAACAGUUGUUGUAACAGAUCAACAAAAUAUUAGCGUUAAACGGGAACCCGAAGAUUUGCGGAUGGAUCCGAAAUGUGAAGGACGAAAGGUAUUGGUCGUACAAUCACCACCACCAUCAAUUGAGAUUAAAGAGCCACCACCCAGUCCUGGAAGUCCAUCAGCUGAAACAAUGUACGCUGCCACCGGCGGCACGCAAAUUUACCUUCAGGGUCCACAUCAAACAAGUUCAGCAGCAACAACGGCUGGUUCGAAUGUUAAUGCUCAAAGUCCCAGUCCGGGACCGUAUGUAACCACUGACCAAUAUGGGAUGUACACACGUUUAACAACCGGAACGGGAUCUACUUUCAUCUCUGAACCAUACUAUCGCGAAUAUUUUGCAGCCGAUGGUCAAGGAUAUGCACCAGCCACAAGAACUAUAUAUGGUGAUAGCGAUGGACCACAAUCGGGAACGACAUAUGAAGGACGCUUUGCCACAACCGCAACACAUACAAAGAAUGGUACACCGGUUUAUGCAAAAACAGUUACUGCUGCUGGUCUAACCGUUGAUUUGCCCAGUCCAGAUUCAGGAAUUGGUGCAGACGCAAUAACACCAAGAGAUCAGAAUAAUAUACAACAGAGUUUCGACUAUACAGAAUUGUGUCAGUCUGGUACGUUAUUAGAUGGAAAUGGUGCGAUUCCAGUUUCAGUCAAUAACAUUCAACGGACUGUUAACGUCCAUGCCGGUCAAAAUAGCCCGACCACAUCAUUGGGCAAUGGUAGUCAUCCGGCAUCAAGAUCAAGGCCAUGGCAUGAUUUUGGACGACAAAAUGAUGCAGAUAAAAUUCAAAUACCAAAAAUAUUCUCAAACGUAGGCUUUAGAUAUCACCUAGAAAGUCCAAUUAGCUCAUCACAGCGACGUGAAGAUGAUCGGAUAACAUACAUUAACAAAGGACAAUUUUAUGGCAUCACAUUGGAAUAUGUUCCUGAUCCAGACAAACCCUUCAAAAACACGACAGUCAAGAGUGUCAUAAUGUUAAUGUUUAGAGAAGAAAAAAGCCCAGAAGAUGAAAUUAAAGCGUGGCAGUUCUGGCAUAGUAGGCAACAUUCUGUCAAACAAAGGAUAUUGGACGCUGAUACGAAAAAUUCAGUUGGUUUGGUUGGAUGUAUUGAGGAAAUCGCACAUAACGCCAUUGCUGUAUAUUGGAAUCCUCUGGAAAGUUCAGCGAAGAUCAACAUUGCUGUGCAGUGCUUGAGUACAGAUUUCAGCAGUCAAAAAGGUGUUAAGGGUUUGCCAUUACAUAUUCAAAUCGAUACGUUUGAAGAUCCCCGUGAUGCACAAAUUUAUCAUCGAGGCUACUGCCAGAUAAAAGUUUUUUGCGAUAAGGGAGCCGAACGUAAAACACGCGAUGAAGAGCGACGUGCAGCGAAACGAAAAAUGACCGCAACAGGACGAAAAAAGUUAGAUGAACUCUACCAUCCAGCAGCCGAUCGUUCUGAAUUUUACACAAUGCAAGAUCUUAAUAAACCACCUGUACUUUUUUCACCUGCCGAAGAUCUUGACAAGCUUUCUGGAAUGGAACUACAGAAUUUCUAUGAUCAUGAGACUGCAUCAUUAACUGGAACGCCGGACGGCCUUAAAGGUACAUCACCUUUCCUGAUGCAUGGUCAAAAGCCUACUACGCCUACGUUGAAAUUCCACAAUCAUUUUCCGCCUGACAUACAGACUGACAAAAAAGAUCACAUCCUGGAUCAGGCACUUGUACCUGGAACCAUGUCAGAUUUUGGCCCAUCGCUGAAACGAUCACGAAUGACUCCACCGUUGAAUGAAAGAGUAAUGCUCUACGUGCGACAAGAAAACGAAGAUGUUUAUACACCCCUCCAUGUGGUACCGCCCACGACAAUGGGCCUGCUGAAUGCGAUUGAAAAUAAAUACAAAAUCUCCACAACGAGUAUAAAUACCAUUUAUCGAACAAAUAAAAAAGGGAUUACAGCGAAAAUUGAUGAUGAUAUGCUAUCCUACUAUUGCAAUGAAGACAUAUUUCUGCUCGAAGUUCGACAAAUCGAAGACGACCUAUUUGAUAUAACACUAACGGAACUUCCAAAUCAUUGAUGACAAACUCCUAUCCUUCUUAAUCUAACCGUUAUGAUAUUACAAUUAGAUCUGUUAUUUAAGAUAGUUCAAAAUAGCAGCAACUAUAAACGCCACAAGCGUAAAAUCUAGUGCAGAUGAGCACGUGUGCCGCAGGAUAAAUGUUACAAGCUAAGGCAGAAACAUGAACAGUAAAUACCAUCGCACAACGAAGAUGAAUGCCAUGAAGUCGUCCAAGUCACGAUUAAUCCUGUAAAAAUGUGAAAGAGGAAGAGAACAACGAACAAAAUAGUCGUUACUUUUUACAAAUUGUUUCAAACUAUAUAAUAGAUUUAUAUAUUAAUGUGAAAACGAGAAAUGAAUUUCAUGACAGUUUAAUUUGGUUAAAUAGAACGUAAAUAGUUUUAGCGAUAAAUUAACACUUGAAUUAAGAAUAAUGUUGUUUACUUUUAUUUGCAAGUUAUAAAUUGCUUAGGCUAAAUUUUGAGAGAGUGGUAUGAAGAAUAGGACACGCUAAAAUAUAAAUUUUCGAAAUAUAUACUCGAUAAGGCAAAAACAAAUUAGAAUAAGAUUUACAACAAAUAUGCUUUGUUAUUAUUUUGAUCAUUACUGAAUAAUUGACAGUAAAAUACUUUCCACUGUAUUACAUGAACGUUAUUGAAUUAUGGAGAACUUCUUCAAAACUCUGCGUAAAAUACUCUUAAGAACUAACACUUUUGCACUUCAAUUAUAUCAAUUAUGUAGAUUAAAAUGACUUAACAAUCCACAUAUGCUGCAAAGACUACUGACUUUCAUCUGCAUAUUGAAUGAAAUAGAUACUAGAAUAAUUGCUAGGAAUUAAGAGCCGUGCCUUAAAAAUGUUGACACACACAGAUAAAUGCAGAAUUACUAGCCAAUAACUAAAAAGCCGAAACUAAGUUAAAGAACAAAAUUUUUGAGCUCAUUCCGUAACCAUAAGUAACUCCAAGCAAAUUUUUCUGUAAAUUAUUCAAUUCUAUUUCAAAUAUCCUGGACCUUCGAUCUCAUUGUUAUUCGCAAUUUAGCGUUCGCUGAUUGAAAUUCGCUCAAUGAACAAAGCGAAAAAAAUUAUCUAAAAGACUAAUUAUUUUCGACAACAAAAUUAAUUUCGAUAUUUAUAUUAAUAAUGAUGUGUUUAAUGAGACAAAUCUUUUUGAAUGGUAACAAAUAUGCAUUGAAAAAAUGUCACUAAGUACAUGUAUAAAAUGUUUUGUUAAGUUUAUGUAUUAUCACUAUAUUUUGUACUUCACUAUUUUCUUCAAAACAAAUUCACGAACGUUGUCAAUUGUAAAGCCAAUAGUUAUAUCCUUUUCUAGUAUACACUUUAAAGCGAAAACUGUAUUCUUACUAAGAGAAAAAUAAACAAGUUCAAAUUUUCACAAAUAUCUUUCUAUUUUUUUUUAUUUUUCAAAAAUAAAUUUGUGGAGAAGCGCAAAAAUUCAAGUAUGAAUUAUUGGAAUUGUCCUUAAAAAGAAAUAUUGUGAUUUAGAUAAUGUUAUAUCCAUCAUUAUAGAAUAACUUCUCUUGUAAAUAACCAGAAACGAAAGAGUGAUACGACAAUCACAAGAAUCACGGAAUUUCGACUAUAAAUAUUCAAAUGCAAAGUCCAAAUCCUUCAAUGCAUCAAAGUUAUAUUUUCUGAGUUCUACUGUGUAACAUGUAAUAUGAAAUAUUGAAACAAAUGAUAAAAAUGUAUGUUUAAGUGUUUCAAAAUCAUCAUAAAAUCAGAAAAAACGAGCAGAUUAAGUUUACUAUUAAUUAGAUUUAAAAUUUAAACAAUUGAAAUGUAUUUGUUAAAGAUUUAUAUUAUUUUUUUUAAUAAUUUUCCAAAACCGUCUUCGAGCAUGUAAUUACAAAUUACAUUUAUAGUAUUUAAUAAUAUAAUUAAAAAAAAAAAAUGAGGAAACAAAAAAGAGGAAAGUAAUCUUGUUUGAGCAGGAACGGUAAGCAGGCUCACGAAAUAUUAGAAGGCAUAUAUGAAUGGCAACAAGAAUAUGAGUUGUUGUAAAUGUUUAGAAGAAAAAUGUCCAUGUUUUAGAAUGUUUGAUUAAUAUUAUACUUAAGACGAUCUACACAAUCAGCAAAGCAUUUAUCUUGCCUGUCUUUUUUAUUAAUGGAAAAAAAUUAUAUUUUUAUAAAUAUAGAAUAAAUGACUUUUAUUCAGAAAGUAAA